CCAUGGAAACGAUAUCAGAGCGAGGCAGCUGGUGGAGUUCCCUGUACUCCCUCAUCAACGUAGCUUGAAUCUAGCAGCCUUGCUAACAAGCUCAGCAAAUAAUCCUGUUCGAGCCGGGGAGAGGGUAAAGGACGCUGGCUACCCAGAGGAACUAGCACCAGGAAUAUCACUUUAACAACACGGGAUUUAAACACAUUUCAAUUUCUAAUCACACCUUUGGACAACUGGCUACAUGUUCCACAAGUGAAAGAAGAGAACAGGGCUUUUACCUAGCCUUUAAAGUGGUUGAGGCUGAGCGGACCCCCCUCCACAGCUUGGCAGGCGGUGGGAUGAGGAGCGGCGGGAUGGCGGCGGCGGUGGCAGCAGCAGAGGUAGUGGAGCCUGGCUCUGUGGCCCCUGGCUGGGACACGCACAAGCACAGGCCCACGUCCAGACACACGCACUGGCACAGGCACAGACACACGCUGGCCCUGCCCCUCAUGCUGCUGCUCGCCUGUCUCACCACAGCCAACGCAGGCUACACAGGGUGUCCGAGGCCCUCUGGCGUGCAGCACGGCUGGCUCAACCUGACCGAGACCAACCGGGGCUCAGUGCCAGCAGGCACCACUCUGCAGUAUGGCUGCGACCCAGGCUACGUGCUGGACGGGUCCAGCAUCAUCACAUGCACCGCCUCGGGACACUGGUCCUCCGAGCCGCCCCUGUGCAUACGCACUGACGCUUGUCGACCACCCAGCGAACCAGAGAACGGCGGCUACACCUGCCACCCCUCCCCCUGCCACCGCUUUACCCAGGGCACGGCUAUCGAGUACUACUGCAACGAGGGCUACGCCCUGAACGGGGAGUACAAGCUCCGCAUCUGCCAGAAUGGCGAUUGGGACCCGGCCCUGCCCAUCACCUGCCACCCAGCCCAAGACAACGCAGUGCAGGGCUGUCCAAGGCCCUUGAACAUGCUGCACGGAUGGACGAACCUGAGUGAGACCAAUCGCGGCUCGUUUCCCGUGGGCACACCGGUGCAGUACACCUGCGAUGCGGGUUACGUGCUGGACGGGCCCAGCAUUGCCACGUGCACCGCAUCCGGACACUGGUCCUUCGAGCCGCCCCUCUGCAUCCGCACCGACGAUUGCCAGCCUCCCAGUGAGCCAGAGAACGGCGGCUACACCUGUCACCCGACUCCGUGUCGCCGGCUCAGCCAGGGCACAGUCAUCGAGUACUUCUGCGACGAGGGCUACGCGCUCAAGGGGGACUACAAAUACCGUACCUGCCAGAACGGACAGUGGGAGGAAGCCAUGCAGAUCAGUUGCCACCUCAGCCAAGGUAAAGAUGAGCGCUCUCCGCUGGCGAUGCCUCCCUGGUCCAUGGUGCUGACCACGGCCAGCCUGGUGCUGCUCAUCCUGCUGCUGGUGGUGCUCUUCGUCCUGCUGCAGCCCAAACUCAAGUCUCUCCACCACAGCCGGCGUGAGCAGGGUGUGUCUGGCCAGCCGUCGUCCAUCGUGGUAGAGGGGGUGCAGGUGUCCCUGCCCUCCUACGAGGAGGCGGUGUACGGCAGCAGUGGCCUGGCAGCGGCGGCUGCACCUCCCCACCCCGCCUCGUCCUCCUCCUCCGCACCACAGGAGUCCCGCGUCCAGAUCGUCCUCUCCGAGGGCCCGCAGUCCGACGCCGGCAGCUCCCAGUCCGACUGCCGCCUCCUCCCCUGCACCUCCUCCUCUUCGUCCUCCUCCUCGUCUGCCUCCGGUGCGGUCGGCGGCGCCGGUUCCUCCGUGCGCUCCUCCUCCAUGCGCCACCAUGCUGAGACGGUGCUGGUUCACCCGGCGCCCUCCUGCUCCACCUCCCCGUCCUCGUCCUCCUGCACGACCUCGCCCUACUCGCCGCCCUCCCCCUGCUCCUGGGCGGCCGAGCCUCCCGGGGCCUCUGGCGGUGCCGCUGCCGCCGCCGCCGCCUCCCUGCACAGGCACCGCGGCUCGGACAGCAGCGACCAGCACAGCCUGCUCUCCCUCACCUCCUCUGAGGACUUUGCUGACGAUAUUCCUUUGUUGAAGGAAGCCUGAGGUCUGCGGUCUGCAAACCUCACACCCCCUCCUCACCUGCUGAUGCCAAUGAGGACUAUGACUGUGUAGGACCUCUCCAGAAUCGCACCACCAUCACCACUACCACCUCCCAACUCCCAACCCAAGCUAGACCAGGCUCUCUCAAGCAAAAGAAAAAUGGAGGCCUGCUGAGUCUGCCUACCUACCAACGCUCUCAACCCACUCUUCUCCCCCCAAUACCUCCCUUUUCUGCAAUGAAUGCACCCCAAAGAUGGAAAGAAAAUGGAAACUCCACCAACAUAGGAGGUCUGGCAACUGUAUAGACCACCGACAUCGCCACCGUUAUAUACCAUCCGCUCGGAUCGCGUAGUACAGUAGGCACAGGGGCAACAAAGGCCUCUGCACCAAUCAAUUGGCUCCGCUCCCGUGCAACUGACCAAUGGCUACACAGCGUUGGAAAAUACACACCCUCAAGGGAUUAUGUACAAAGGCAUACAUAGGAGAAGCAAAACUAAACAACUCCCACUUUGUUUUUUUUUGCUUUUUUGUUUUUUUGCUGUUCUUGUUCUUUUUUUUUUCAUCCACACUUUUUCGGCACUUCCCCUAAAAUGAAAGAGUUGUUGCAGUUGUUUUGAUCAAAGAGGCACGAUUGUUUAAAAAAAAGGCUUACAGUACACUCGUAUGGCGUGUGUGUCAAAAAAAGAAAUGUGAAUCACCUGACUUCUUGCAUACAGGAGACGAGCAAAAUGGCCUUUCGCCAUGUGCUGACAUGGUGGUCGAGAGACUUCUGUUGGAGGACACAGUCAGAGAAAGAAUCAUGGACAGCUCUCCGCAAUCAUGUUCAAGUCACAACUGCUUUUGGGCCCUUUCUAAAGCCUCUGUACAGUGCAUGCAGCUGAUCGUCUAACUGCAUCACAGGUGGUUUCAAAAAAAGAAAGAAAAACACUUGGAUCACUGGGGACGCUGCAGGGGAGAUUUAAAAAAAAAAAGAAGCAUGAUGUUCGGCACUCCAUUUCCCAAGAUGCUCCACACUUGCUACGCCUGCUGCUUAGCAACGUGGGAUCCGGUUAGUGUUAGUAGUGCGCCUGCGAGGAAUGAUUCUCACUCACUGCACCAAAAGAACUGCUGGCCUCGAGAUUUUUUUUUUUUACACACACACACACACACACACACACACACACACACACACACACACACACACACACACACACUCAAAAGGAAAUGUGCUGUGCUACUUCUAAGGCAUGAGUGGUUUAUUUUAAUUGUGAUUUUAUUUUAUUUUUCGUUUGUGGAGAAAGGCUAUUGUUGUGCUUCUGAAUGCAAGUUUUCUUUUUUUUUCUCCCCUCUCACCACUUUCACUGUGUAUGGAACGCCUUCAUUGUAUGUAUGCUUGUAUAUAUGUAUGUAUGUGUGUAUGUAUGUCCAUUGUAUGUAUGUAUCUAUCUAUGUAUGUAUGUAAACGUGUGUGUAUGUUUGUGUGUGUGCGUGCGUGUGCUUGCAUGUGUACUCUUGAGUGUGUGUGUGUAGCAUCAGGGCUGUGAGGAUCUUCUUAUCUGAGGUCUUGUCUGUAUAUGGGAUUAAUCUGCAAUAUUUAUGAUCUUGUCAGAGAAAUUGGAUCACUGUCCUGUCAUCACAGUGCAAGGAAACAACACCCACCCCACCCCCACCGUCCCGUCCACACAUUGCAUGUCAAGGCAUGGUCCCUCAGCCUCCCCCAUGAUGUCCUGUCCUCAUCU